ACGCUGCACCAAACUGCCGAUCCAUCUCACGCUCCAUUCUACCCUCACUCUUGAACAAGACCAUGAAUUACUUGACCUCUCUCACUGUGGGGCCACUGCCCGCAGGGGUGGAAGUCAGGAUGUGCUGAUUCCUGGUGUCGCAGACUGGCUCAGAUUUGGUUAUGGGAAGCAUUCGUCACAAAUGUGUCCAAGAACCAUCGCAAAUUUGAAAAUCCAACAAUACUUUCUGUUUCUGAAUGUAAAAUAUAAAAAUCUGCAGUAAAAUAAAUAGAAAAUAUAACCAUUUCAAUGUGUUCGCCCCUCUCUUAAGCUGAAAUAAAAAAAUAUAAGUCGCUCCCCAGUGCUUGAGAAAUUAUUUGAUAUGCCUCCCACUCUUUGCCCCACUCCUCCCCCUCAUAAGUAACCAACAGUCCCUUAAUAGUAAGCUUAAUUAGAUUUAUGCACCACUGGUUUGACAGUAGAAACAAUCUGAAAUCGUCUUUCGGCAUAUUGAUAUUGCCUUUUUCAACCACAGUCGAUUAAUCUAGACCAUGAUCGGUUAGUUGCAGCCCAGACUCCGGCCCUCACACUUUUAUUUUGAAAGACGUAACCGGAAGCCGUGUGCUCCCCAGCUUGACCGUGGUCCCUCCUCAGCAUCACCGCAUCAUCCGCCAUCCUCUCCCUCAACACGGGACCGAAAACUGACCCCGCAGGACACCGAAGGAUCCGGGAUAAUGGACGACGUCCCUCCGAUCAUCAACAUCUCCAUCUCCCUGCGGAUCCAGCCCAAUGAGGGGCCCGUGUUCUUCAAGGUGGACGGGACCCGGUUCGGACAGAGCAGGACCAUCAAACUGCUCACAGGCUCCAAAUACAAGAUCGAGGUGGUGCUGAAGCCUGGAAACGUCGAGGCCACCAACAUGAACAUCGGAGGCAUCAUCUUCCCUCUGGAGCAGCAGUCCAGGGACGAGGAGUCGGUGGUUUACCACGGCCAGUAUGACACAGAGGGCGUCCCGCACACCAAGAGCGGAGACCGGCAACCUGUCCAAGUCAGCAUGGAGUUCAACAAAGCGGGGACGUUUGAGACGGUCUGGCAGGCGAAAUACUACAAUUACUACAAGAGGGAGCACUGCCAGUUCGGCAACAAAUUCAGCAGCAUCGAGUACGAGUGCAAGCCCAACGAGACGCGGACCCUCAUGUGGAUCAACAAGGAGGCCUUCAACUGAGUCCACUCGUCCUCCCACCGCCCACACACCAAAUACCAAGCAGAGGAUACAGUCGUACCGGGACUUUGAACAUCAGCAUCACAAUAAAAGGACAGCCUUAUUUUAAAGGCGUGCGUCACGUCAGCGAGGGUCUGGUAUUUGUUUUAUCACAGAGAGGAAAGAAAGUAGCUGUUAGCUGUGCUGGUCCUUAAAGGGGGUUUUUGUUUUAAAGCUGCACUCUGCAGUGGUGCUUCUUGGCAGCUUCACACGCCAGCAGAGGGGAAAAGUUUGAAAAGCAUUAGCUAGUAUUCAGAAAUCCUGUACAGUGAUGUAAGUUAACUGCACACAGCUCAGCUGGUUUAAGAUCUUUUAUAUCAAAGGGAACUAAAGGGACAGAACAGGGGAAAGAUCUGAAGCUUGGAAGAGCAGUUAACCUCUGAGGGGAGCGCUCACCAACUGUAUCUGUAUCUAAAGCCCCUUUUCCACUGCACAAAAAAAUCCACUAACACCCGCUAACAUCUUUUUAAUGUAAUGGGAAAGGUUUCACAGCUGGGUCAAAUUACUCAGUAGUAGUCGCAGGUAUUUAUCGGCAGUGAUGGGAACACAACACCCAGGUGAACACGCUAAUUUUAUAGCCUCUUAACCAGUGAGGUGCAAUGACAGGUCACCACACAAUGCCGCCCAUCUCUGGCCAAGCAGCGUUCAAACAUCAAUCCAAAUUUGUCUGCAUCAAGUUUGAAAGACAGACUGUAUACAUAAGGGAUAUAUAUAUAUGCAAAAAAGUAACCACCAUCAAGUUUUCACUGGCUUCCAUGCUGCUUCCAACUCUUUGUUAACCUGUUUCCAGCCUGACAGUGACGUUGAACAUGGAACACACACAAUAAACCCUACACACACAGACAGGCAUACUGCUCUGCUGCAGAGCCGUGUACACAGUGGUGGUCAUCUGGCAAUAGGAAAGAAGUCUAUCGCCUAUUUUUAGCUCAUUUUCCCGUGUUUAAAUAACCCGCGCAGACACGCUAAUGUUAGUGGAAAAGGGGUUUAUGUUUCAGUCCAUCACUCAGUGUGUAGGUGGACUUCUUUCAAUGAUCAAACACCAAGAAAAGUUCCACAUAGAAAGUCGCGGAGUGAAGCUUUAAAACAGGAGCGUGCAGAGUUUAAGGGACAAUCGGACACUUACUGAAAUCAGCUUGUAGGAUUCAGAUGAGAAGAUUUACAUACACACCAUGUGAGUGACUCCAGUACAGAGAUCCAGGAUGUGUUUAGCAAAGUCUAGCUCAAAGACAGGAGGCAGCGAGGAACUUAGGCUUAGUUAACACAAACACAGGUUGGUCUUUUGUUCACACGCAAAGUACUUUUCAGGAGAACAGACAUGUUAUAAAACUCCUUCAGAGCAGGGGUGGCCAAACUUUUUUGACUGUGGGCCAUUUACAGGAAAAUUUAAGGAAUCACAGGCCAAACAAUUGUAAACCAGUUAGGGACUGUUCUUUAUUUAUCAAAGGAGGGGGGUGGCUGGGUUGUGACUUUGUUUUCUUUUGGGGUUUUUAAACCCUUUUGUGAAGCUAUAAAUUUUUUUCCUCGAGCCUCCCUGACUGACAGAGAAUCCAUGACCCUCCCUCCUCCUAUUAGAUUUUUAAAACUUACCUUUUGAUGUUAAAGGCAUCGACAAAAUCCUGGAGUUGACUAAAGUGUUGGUUUUUCACUCUUGUCGCUGGUUAGUUUGCGCACAUGAUUUAUCUUUUGCCAAACUUUAAACGAGACACGUAGAACAAAGUGAUUUUGGUGAAAUAUCAAUAUUUUAAGCUCAGAUCAGAGUGCUGCGGUUACAGUCGGGGUUAGGGGAACCUGCCAGUCUGGCUCGAUCAAAAGAGACAAAUACUCUUUCCAUCAAAUGCAAAGCCAGACCUCAAACCUGGCAACAACCACGAUGGACUUUAGAGAUGCUGCGUUCAGUCACUGCCGCCAGCGGUUGUCAGCCAGCAAAAACAGCAGCUCCAGUGUCACCUAUUUCUGCACCUGCUCAAUAAACAUGAUACAGCAUUUAAAUCAGACUGAUGGGCAGAAUUACACAAGGAUUGUGCAGCUUUUGCUGCCGCAGGAGAAACCAUGUAAUUCUCAGAGCACCUGCAAAGGGUGAAAUGCACCCGAAACUGCACUGCCAAGCAAACACCAUCUCAGUGCUCCUGUGCUAUUUGCAUAUAUUUAAAUUGGGUAAUAUGCAUACAUUUGAUCAAAACUGGUCCUCUCCUAUGCAAAUGAGCCUCACUGCAAAAACAGUCCAAGUCUUAAAGAUCAGUCCUCACAGUUACACACAGUUACAGUGAAAUUAUUGGUGUCUUCAGAGAGAUGGUGGGAACUGAAGCGCACUGACAGACUGAGAUAUUAAAUCACAAAUAAUGUUUGUCACAGUUGAUUACACUCUGCUGUAAACUUUAGUAGUGUGUUUGUGCUGUAACAUCAUUGGCAUGUGUGCUAUCAGCGGCCACAAUAUGUGCUUUGUGAAUUUUCCCAGAAAUCCUUUGGAAAGUGUAUUUGCCCACUUUUAAUGGGGCUAGGCUAACAGUUUCCCCCUGCUCCCAGUCUUUGUGCUAAGCUAGGCUAAAUACAGGACCUCUCUCUGUGGUGGAAGCACAGAAAUUCACAAAAAACAACAUCCCCCCAGAAUGUUCCAACUGUUCCUUUAAGGUUGAGUCAAGCCUGAAGCCUUCAGAUGUGUGUGAGCAAUACCCCCCUCGGGACUGAGCGCAGCAGCUAGCGUGGUGUUAGCAGGACGGAAGACACCUGUGGGUGGAAGAAGUAUUUUAUCUUAUUUAUUAAUAGCUGUGUGGAUGUGUCUGUGAGAGAGGAGAGACGAUAUGUGAGAGCGUGUUCAUCGCUGUGAUAGUUCUGACUUUUCUUAUGGGUUAUGUAUUGUGUUAUUUAACGUGAAAAAUCCACCCAAAACACUUUUAAACAAACAGGUCACAAUAAGGGACUGUUCUCUAUUUAUCAGAGGAGGCAGGUGGCUGGGGUGUGACUUUAUUUAUUUGGACCCUCCCCAAAGCUACACAUAUUUUUCCUUGCACCUCCCUGAGUGACCGGUGGAAAUCCAUGACCCUCCGUCCACUAUAAAUGAGUUAUUAGAUUUAAAAUAGCCUUUGUUUUCACCCUUGUCAUGCUGGUUAGUUUGUGCAAAUGGUUUAUUUGUGGCUGAAUUUUAAAUGAGAUGUGGAAUAAAGUGAUUCUGAAGCAAUAUCACUAUUUUAAGAUCAGAUUUGGUGACGUUUUAUUUAAGACAGAAGCAUUUGUUGCACGUGAUGUGUUCAAGGACAGUCAGAAAUGUUAUAAAUCCAACAAUAAUUUUUGUUUUUACCGUUUCUGGCUGUCAUCAAUGGUGUAAUCUUGGCAAUUUGUAUAGAAAACAUGCCUUCCUAACUCACAGUCAUUUAUACGUAGAUGCUGCAUUGACUGCGUCAGACCAUUGCAGUGAUAAGUCAGUGGCGACGCCAUAUUGACGAUGUCAAGUACGCCUGUAUUAUACCAAUACAAGUGACCAUGGCAGCUGUGGUUUUUCUUGAUUAAAAAAAAUCAAAUAAAAAAAAAUUAUGAUGUUUUUUUUUCCCAACCAGGAAAGGUUGGGAUCAUGUUAGGAUUACAUGAACUGUAUACAUAUAAAUAUAACAUAAAAACCACUUAUUGCAGUUGGUUAAGAAAAAUAAACAUUAUAGGGUGUUUUUAAUCAGGAAGAACCGCAGCUCCUGUUUGCUUGCAUUUGUUUACAGGCAAGUCUGACCUCGCCAAUAUGGCGGUGCUGUUGACAUAUGAUUCAGCAAAUAAUGAGGCAUCUAUGUUCCUGUAUCUACGUCCCAUCCCACCUGCAUGUUUUCUUUACAAAUCUGCCAUAAAAUAAAUACAAAAUACAACCAUUUAAACUUGUGUGCUCCUCCCCUAAGCCAAAAAUAAAACCAUAGGUCCCUCCCACUGCUUAAAAUAUUAUUUGACAUCCCGCCCUCUUUUUUGCUCCACCUCUCCCCCCUUAUAAAUAAUGAACAGUCCCUAAAGGAAUGUUUCUUCUUCUUCCUGUUUAUAACUGGCCAAUUUCAGACAAAGUGAGAGCUGCCAUGUUAGAACUCUGUCAAGAAGAGGAAACACAAAUGUCGAGGCAGGUUGUAAAAAAAGUGCAUUUCUGUAGCAAUGAAACAAACCUUGAAGACAAAAUGAGACGUGACAGUGUGAGUGGAUGAUGGUGGAUUCUUCCUCUAAAGGAUAAGGCUGGUGUUACUCUAAAUGUCAGCAAAUCCCAUUGAAAAACAAAAACCAACAUGUGUUAGUCCUGUGGAUGUGUAAAGAGACCUGGAUACAACGUUGGAGGAGGGUCCCUGUUCAUUGCUAUGGAAGUUGCUCAGUGGCACAUGAAGCCAACAAAGCUCUGUUUCCAUGGUAUCACAUUACCUGGGUGAUUGGUGCUGCUACGGCAUCAUGGGCCCAUAGAGCAGGUGCGCUAGAGACUUACAGAUGCCAACAACCGCCAACUCCUGCUGGCCAACCGGCUGACUUCCUGUUUAGUGCUCUGCUAACUUGACUGGAGAUAAAAUAGUUUGAUCUUGUGGCCCUGUUAUACUUUGGGAAUGUUAUCAGACUGAUUAAAUCAACAGUGGAACAAGUCGUUUCAUGGGCGUUGUGAUGCUCUAAGAAAUGCAUCCACUGAUUUACAGACGUCUCUUUUACAAUGUAAGUCUAUGGGGAAAAGUAUGGAAAGUGCAGUACCGCUGUUUGGCCACUAUGAAAAUUGGCUUCAAAGCAAGUAGGUAUAUUGCAGCUGGAGCACCUGCAUGACUCGCCCAUCUUAACCUACAUAUCAGUCCACGAUCAGCCCCCUUCGCCUGUUGACCUGGAGGCAGAGCCCUGACGAAAAUGCUAAGUUAGCGAUUAGCUAGCUGUGAAGUAGUUGGUUAAAAGAGAGGUAGGUUGAGGGUAAUGGGAAGGCUACAUCUUGUUACUUAUAAAGUAAACCCCGUUUUCGUGUAUUAUCAAUUAUGAAGUGGAGUAUUGCCACGUUCGGCCUCAUGUUUGUUUCCACAGUGUCGAAUGGUGGGUUUGUCUUGUACUAAUGGUGGGCGUGUACGCUACAAUGGGAAUGUGUCUGCAGUUAAACAUCUGUCUGUCCAAGCCAGGCGCACUUCCUGGGGGCCCCGUUAGUCCGUUUCUCAAUAUUGUCUGACUUUCUGUCUGUGGCUCUCAGCUCUGAGCCCAUUGGUUCCGCCUGAAGACCUAAAUCUUUAAAAACACAGAUAUAUAGCUCCAUCAGUAAUUUCCCAAAACAGGUGCUCACUGUAGUUUUUAUCACACAAACAGGAGGAAGUAGUACAUCUGUUGGGGACUAUUUUCAGCUGCGGAUUAAUCCACACUUGAUGAUUUCAUGGGAUUUGUUGACAGUAAGAAAAGUGUCACCAGACUGAUCCUUAAAGCCGUCAGACACCUCCGUCUCUCCGCUGAGAAGAGGACCGUUUUGCUUUUAUUUUGGGACACGGUGCUUUUUGACGGCUGCAAGUGCUUCACUUUGUGUUAAGUUUGUGCCGCCACAGCUUUUUCUUUUCUCAGUUUCCUCCUGAAGUGCAUGGCUGGAUUUAUUUUGCCAAAUAUGAUCUGUUUGUUUGUUUUCUGUUGAGAUGUCUCAAUGCCUGAACCUUGCUGUUUUGUUACGUGUUGAACUGAAGGAGUAUAAAGUGUCUUUGUGAAUAAAACAGUAUAAUGAACCAA